CCAUAGAAACAGUUAACAUUUUUAGACUUGCACAUCGACGUGCCUACGUAUUUUUUACUAAUAUUGAAAACGAAUUUAAAUGGAAGAUUUAUCAGAUUACUCUUCGGAAAUCAUUGAAUUUUUGCCAACUCAGCAAUUGGAAAAACAAAGAAAAGUGAUCGAAGCAUGUGUAAGCACUGACCCAGAGCCAUCAAGUCAGAAUAAAUCCGUGGAGACUUCACGUCAUGCGGAAACCGGCACACAAACCGAACUCUUCACCACCCAGGAGUGUCAUAUUGACGAGAGAAAACUUGCCGAUUGGCUACGAAAGAUAUGCCCUGCUGUUGAAGAGCAGCUCCUCAAAGGACCAACUCCGCUAAAUGUUACUUACGAUAGCCCCAGCUCCUGGGCCGACCAAUUUAAAAUACAAACAUAUCAAAAGAUCAGCCUGAGUGGAUUGGAAAACUCACAGGGUAUCGCUGCAUGGUUAUCGGUACAUACCAACAAUUCACCCAUGUUGGUAGUAAGCACCCAGGCGCCACACGACGACUGGUGCGACCAUCUGCAACAAACGCUCCAGCUAUUCGUACCAAAACGUAUGCAGACCGGAAAUUUAGUUAUCUAUACUCAAGUGAAAAGUGUGCUGCUAAAAGCCUGUCUAAGCAGCCUCAGUACGAAUAGCUAUAACAAGAGUAUAUUUGCUGGUUCCACCAUGGAUGGCAACAUACUUCUAUGGCUAUGCCGAUCGGGUAGUCGGGCUGGUGGUGGCAACAUGAGCGUCAGCACCGCAGGCACACAUGAACUUGAAGAACUUUGCUGUGCAAUAUCACCUCAGGGUUGUGCUGUGGAGUUGGACUGGUUAAGUGAAAAUCGAUUGCUCAGUUUUCAUGCAAAUGGUGCGAUAAUCUGUUGGGCGGUGGGCGAAGAAUUGCUUUUGGAAAAUGAUUUCCUACUGAAACCCCAAGUCAACACCACCAAUGAAAUCACAGCAGCCGUUUGCUUGAGUUCGAAUACUUUCGCGGUUGGGCUCAAAGAUGGAUCCAUAUUUUUGUGCACGAUAACCAGCUUUAGUGCAAUGCGAAAACAAAUGGAAAUUAUAGCAUUGAAAAAGCAUUUAUUCAUGAUCUCAACAUUGCUAAAAACUUUUAUGAAUGGCCGCCAGACAAUAAUAAGUUGUGAUCUAAGUGGACAAGUUUAUUGCCACAGCAUAACAAAUACGGAAGAGGACGCCCAGGAUGUCAUACAAAUACCCUUACCGUUCAAAAACGCUAUCGCCUGCUCUAAAGAUGGAAAUGUUAUCUAUUGCCCUGGAACUGAUGGCUGUUUGGAGUGUUAUAACAUACGCGAUGGUGCUCACACUAUUAUACAAGGUGACUUGAGAGGCAAAGGAAAUUUCAUCGCAUCCAGCGAUAACGGAAACUGGAUUAUUACUGGCCCCUAUCAAAAUGAUUUUCAAUUGUUUUACGUGGAGAUCUGAAAAAGCGAAUGAUUUUCAAAAAUAUAUAUGAAAAUAAUAUAUUUUGUGUUCGAAAUAAGAGCACAAGAACUCUAUGGAACUCUAUAAGAACUAUGCUUUAAUCGAAGAUAAACGUGAAUACAUUCAUACUAUGCGUGAAAAAACAAUGAAAACAAACAAAAUAAUUUAUAUUAAAUGAAAUUUAUUUUAUAUGACUUUACUAUAUACAUAUGUGUUUAAUUAUAUGCUCUGUUUAUCAAACUUAUGCACAAAUAUUUUUAUUUUUAUUUUUAUUUUUUUUUUUUUUUGUUUUUUGAUACCUUAUUGCAUAAAUUUCCAAGACUCCACAAUACAAAAUUAAAGAU